UAAUACACUCGCUCCCUUUCUCUCGUUCGUUCACGCCGCCGCCUAACUCACCCGCUGCACCCUCCUCUCUCUGCACAGAAACCCCUAACCUCUGUGCUCAUCUCUGGUCUCUGCCGUCGUUGUCCACCCCAACAACCGCCGUCGUUCUCAGUCUCUCUCCCGGCGUUGUACUUAGUCUCUCCCCGCGUCGUUCAUUCUCAGAAUCUCUCUUCGCAUCGUUCGUUCUCAGUCUCAGAGCACCGUCGUUCUCUCUGCCAUCGCCGUGGUGCACCCGCGUCGUUCCGUGGCCGUUCAGCGUCAUCGUUCUCGCUGCUCAGCGCCGUCGUUCUCACUCCUCAGCGGCGUCGUCCUCAACAGGCAGCAGCGGCGUGGUUCUCAGCGAGUCAGCGUCGUCGUCGUUGUCAGCGACGUGCCGCCUUGUUGUUCCGUCUCUCCCCUUCAUCGCUGCACUUCCAAUGAAGCCUCAGCCUCAGUUUGAUAUCAGUUCAAGUGACAACAUUGGUGACACAGAAGGAGCAAUAGACCGCAGCAGUGAACAUCGGAUGUUACCACCUCCCGUGGACCGCCCUGUUCGUGUGUAUGCGGACGGCAUCUAUGAUCUCUUCCACUUCGGUCAUGCCCGCUCCCUGGAGCAAGCCAAGAAAUCAUUUCCGAAUACUUACUUGCUGGUGGGUUGCUGCAACGAUGAGAUCACCCACAAAUACAAAGGCAAAACUGUUAUGACUGAGGCCGAACGUUACGAAUCCCUUCGCCACUGCAAAUGGGUGGAUGAAGUCAUUCCCGAUGCUCCCUGGGUCAUCAACCAAGAGUUCCUCGAUAAGCACAACAUCGACUAUGUAGCUCACGACUCUCUUCCUUAUGCUGAUACAAGUGGUGCUGCCAAUGAUGUUUAUGAAUUUGUUAAAGCUAUUGGCAGAUUUAAGGAAACAAAACGAACAGAAGGAAUAUCCACAUCAGACAUUAUAAUGAGGAUUGUCAAGGAUUAUAACCAAUAUGUUCUGCGCAAUUUGGAUCGUGGCUACUCUAGGAAAGAACUCGGUGUCAGUUAUGUCAAGGAGAAGCGACUCAGGGUCAAUAGAAGGUUGAAAACAUUACAGGAGAAGGUCAAGGAGCACCAAGAAAAGGUUGGCGAAAAGAUCCAAAUUGUUAAAAGGACUGCCAGUAUGCACCGCAAUGAAUGGGUUGAAAAUGCUGAUCGUUGGGUUGCUGGAUUUCUUGAGAUGUUUGAAGAAGGUUGUCAUAAGAUGGGCACUGCUAUUAGGGAUCGAAUUCAAGAGAGGUUAAGAGGUCAACAAUCAAGAGACGGAUCUUUUCUUCUACAAAAUGGCAAGGAUGGUGUGGAUGUCGAUUCUGAUGAGUAUUACUAUGAUGAUGAUAGCGAAGAAGAAUAUUUUGAAGAGUAUUAUGAUGAUGACGAGGUCAAGCCUGAGAGUAAUCGGGAUGAAGAAAACAAAAAGUAGGUGUACUUCAAGGAAGGAGUUAGGAUCUUGGCGGAAUGUGCGUAACAACUGCCCAUGGGGAUUUCUGUAAUAUUAUGUGUUAUAUCUUGAAUUGUGGAAACAUGCUUCGGAGUUGCAUUGGGAACUUCCAUUUUGCUGGGUUUUUUUUUUUUUCUCUUUUUUAACUUAGUUUUGCUUGUGGAGUGCUAGUAUACAUGGAAAAUGAUGUUUGUGCAUAUGCUUAGUACCUAGACUUGCACUGGGCUUACAUGUUCGUGGUUAGUCAGUCAAGGAGUUGAUAUUAGAGGAGAAUUCUCAAUUCUGUAUCCUUUCUAUUUGUUUGUUUACUUUUGGGAAUUUUUCAUGAUAGAAUUAAGACAAAUAAAAAUUAAAAUAAACACGUAAUUUUGUUGUUGGCUUA